GCUUUUUUGCAGAUGCUGUCCCUGUUGGCAACAGCAUCGAAUAUGUCCGAAGUGGACGGCGCAGAUUUGUGGCGACAGAAGUCCUUGAAGUCCUUGACUGAUUUUAUUCAGGGAAAAAUCCAUGAAAUGCAACAUCCUGAAGACUGCAGGAAGGCAAGAAUCCUCCUCUGCAACCUGGAUAAGUCGUGUGGCUUCGGAUGCGAGAUGCAUCACGUUGCAUUCUGCUUCAUGACGGCAUUCGGCUCACAAAGAACAAUGGUCUUCGACGGAGACGGUAACGGAUGGAGUUGUUUCUCCGGGGGAUCAACAACGAUUCAACAAAAUCUUGUGCACAAGCAAUUGAAUCUGCCAAGAUUUAACUCUAACUCAAUUUUGUUUAGACCAGAAUUUCUACCUCUUUCAAUUCCACGCCCAAUCUCUGAAGAGCUAUUGAAAUUACAUUCAAAUCCACCAGUAUUUUUUAUUGGUCAGUUCUUGUGGUAUCUGAUGAGAAGUGCUGAGGAUCUGACAAAACUUUCAGGUCCUAUCGUUGGCCUUCAAAUUCGCCGUACCGACAAAAUCGGAACGGAAGCAGCCUUCCACGAUGUCGACGAGUACAUUCAAUGGGCAGAAAUCUGGUACAAGGUUAAUAAGCGCUAUGAUGGAAAUAUAACACGGAGGGUUUUCGUUGCCACCGAUGAACCAUCAGUGUUCUUGGAUAUCAAGCGAAAAUUCCCACAUUACGAAGUGUACGGUGACGAAGAGACAGCGAAAACGGCUCAGCUGGCAAGUCGCUACACAGACAGCUCUCUGUACGGAGUGAUCCGCGACGUUCGUCUUCUUAGUCUGUGCGACUACAUUGUCUGUACAUUUUCUAGCCAGGUUUGUCGUAUGGGUUUCGAGCUGAUGCAAGUGCAACAAGGAGAUGCCGGAGACCGUUUUCACUCUCUGGAUGACAUCUACUACUUUGGAGGACAACAUGCUCAUGAGGUAAUAGCGGUUGAGAACCAUGAUCCGGAAAAAGAUGGUGAAAUCGAGCUACGUAUAGGAGAUGUCGUCGGAAUUGCUGGAAAUCAUUGGAAUGGCUUUUCCAAAGGCCACAACAGAAGAACAGGCGACAGUGGCUUUUACCCCUCGUACAAGGUGAGCAAUAGAAUAUUUUGCUUACCUAGCUAA